AUGGAGAGCCCGCAAGAAGAACCAACGCGGGCGCGGCGGCGGCGACGGCGGGGAAGGCCACCGCUUCCGCAGCCAGAGCCAGAGCCUGAGCCUGAGUCGGAGUCCGAGUGGGAGUCGGAGACACCGCCCAGGCCCUCCCCGCCCCCGGCUCCCGUGCGGCCCCGGGCCGGGAUUCACCCCCGGGCGCCUGGCGUGUGGCCUGACCGGGAGAAGCCCCGGUGCGCGAACCCUAUAGUCUGGGAGCCGCCGGAGGUCAUCCGCUGGGAUUUGAAGAAGUGGGAGGAGACCGACGCCUACUACCGCACAUCCCUGAAGGGGCUAAGGCAACAGACGGUCAAUAGACAUCCUAUUUCUCCUGAAAAACCUGAACAAGAAAAUGCUCGCUUCGACAAAUAUGGGUUUACAUCAUCUGCAGGUUUUCCAAAUCCCUUUAGUAACGUACCAGACGAAAGAAGCAGAAUCUCCUCUUUAGCUACAAAAGAUAUGAAGCCGCACGCAUGUCCUGAACCGGAAAAACCACCAAAGGAAGAAAAACCACAUGGCAUCGAUAUACUGCAACAUAUAAGGACGUCCUUACGUAACCAGAGUAAUAACGAAUUGAAGCCUACUGUCAUGGCUCCUCAAUUCAGAGUAAUAAUGCCUCACCAGGCAAAAAUAGAAAUCUCUCCCAAGGUAAAAGUAGAAGUGUCCCCCAAGGUCAUGGUGGAAGUGUCACCUGAGGUCGUUGUGGAAACUACUCCUAAGGCCAAGGUAGAAGCCUUCCGGAACACCGGUGCGAAAGCCUGCAACAAAGCCAACAUAGAAACUUCCCCUGUGGAAACGCUUCCCAAGGCUGGAGUCGCAGCAUGUCCCAAGGCAAAAGUGAAAGGCUCAAUAAAGAAAUCAGAAAUUGUCAAGAAGCCAGCAUCUUCGAACGUAUCACGUUACAGACGGCCAUCUUCUGCAAGCAGGCAGCAUCCGCCCUCUCCCGGCAGCAGGCAAAUCCAACAGAAUAACUCUCUGUCGCCUUUACCUAUCAUAUCAAGACAGUCAGCUACAUCUUCUGAUGUUUAUAAAGUAACACCUGUUCAAGACACCCUGUGUGCACCAGAUACAUUAAUAAGUAUUACCAAAAAGAGAAAAGAUGCCGUUUCUAAAGCCAUUAACAAACGUCAGGCUCCGAGCCACAAAAAUAGGAUCAAGGAAGAGGCCAGCGUUAAAAGCAUAUCUGAGACUAUGAGUGUCGAGGAGAUAGCAAAACUCCUGGAAGAAAAACGACGUCUUGCUCAGGAAUGGCGAGCCAGAGAAGAAGAAGACAGAGCAAGAAAAGAAAUACAAGAGAGUGUCAUCUGGAAAAUGAAAGUGCUGGCAAAGAAAGCAACUACAGGACUAGGCGGAGAUUUCUCCGUGUUUGAAGAUGACCAGCGACGAAAGGACGUGAAAACGAAGAAGGGAUAUCAGAACUACCAGGAUCGAGGAAUACCGUCUCAGGCCUCAGGGACACCUGGAUACAACAGGGUGGAGGCGGAUGAGACAAAUGAUGAUGACGGAAGGACAGGAUCUGAUGAUGAGUCAUUAGAUGAAAUGGCCUCUUCAGCAAUUUUCAAUGAUAUCAAUAUGCCCCAUAAACUCAAAAACAAAAUGAAAACUGGCAAAAUUCCAAUGAAACUGACCUACCUUCACGCUAGUGGAGAACACAUAACGAAAGAAACCAAGUCAUAUAAGAGUAAUGUAAAAAUUCCUAAGAAAAAUGCAAAAGACCCAUUAACUCAGGCCAAAGGGUCAAGACCAUCUUUGAAGAAAAUGGUUGGCAACACUACUAAAACCAUAAACUCAUGUGGAGCACAGCACACUCUGGGAGCGUUCAAUAGCCUGAGUGGUGAGGCACACGGCUGGAUGUGCAACAACACCAUCCAUGUAGUUGGCCAGAUGGGGCCACCCCUCUCAAGUUCAGAUGCCCCUCUUGACAACCAAAAGGGACAUGUAAAAGAUACCAUAAAAUUUCUGCAAAAUCCUCAGAUGUGUUUUGACGGGAGGAAGAAGAAUAAACCUGUGUCACCUCACCCUGGUAAGGCCUCAUUUCAUCUUCAUGGUGCCUGAAAGGUGUAACUGACCUUAAAUUCUCCUUAGUUUCCUUCUGUCACAGAGCAGUCUGCAGAGUGUAACUUUGGAGGGCAGGAAGAAAACAGCGUGGGCUCCAAAGUAAAGAUGUAGAAGGGUUUUCUACUAAGUCAGUUUUGAGCAUGUAGAUGACUUGAUUCUAAUUUUCUGCCCCACACUUCCUGCCACAUAUUAAAAGAAUAGGCUCCUUCCCCCAGAUGCCGGAGGUUCCACCGAGUUCCUGUCCACCGGCUGUUUGACAAGCACGCAGAUCAUCACUUAGGGUGGGGGGUUAGUGAUGUCUUCAGAAUUAGUCUCUCGCCCCAUGUUUCCGAAACCAGAAGGUCUUUGUUUCUCUCUCCUUGAGAAGCUCUCUUGGAAACCGAUAGGGGCAGCUUGGGCCAGUUUGGGGACUGGGCAUGCGUGUGACACUUAGAACAGUGCCACCAUGUCAGCAGCUCCUGGAGGGGGCCUGCCAGUGUCCCCCAGGCCACCCUGAAGGGAGGCUGGGGCAGCAGGUGGCACCAUCAGCAUUUUCUUGCCUAACCUUCCUCUUGUCUCUCUUCC